AGAUAAUAAUUUUAGGAUAUUAUUUAAUACUAAGUUGAAAAUUUGGACCGAUUCUCCAAAAAAUUCAACUUACCAUAUAUAUAAUUGCUUUAAUUUGGAUAUAAUCUUAUACAUUUUCUUCCUUUCAGAAGAAUACCAUUUUUUUCUAAGACGUACAUAGGAUAUAACAAUGGCAUCUCUAAAUCAAACCAGAAGCAGCAACACCACCACUAAGGCAACGAGGGGUCGCCAGAAGAUUCAGAUAAAGAAACUCGAAAACGAAAGCAGCCGCCAAGUGACUUUCUCCAAGCGCCGCAAUGGUUUGUUCAAGAAAGCGAGCGAGCUUUGCAUUUUAUGCGGUUGCAACAUCGGCAUCAUCGUGUUCUCUCCCAAAGGAAAGCCGUUUUGCUUUGGUCACCCCGAUAUCGACAUGAUAUUGGAGCGUUACCUUAGCAAAAACCCUAACCAUGCUGAUGGUUUGAUGAUGUCUGGUGACGACAUUGCUCCAUGUCUCGAAGAGUUCAACGAGGAGAGCCGAGAGACAUUGGAGAAACUUGAGGAAGAAAAAAAGAGAAGCAAGGAGAUCCAAAAGGAAAAGGAAGAGAGAAAAAUGAAGGGACUGUUUUGGUGGGAUGACCCUAUUGAUAAUAAUAUGGGAAUUGAGGAACUUGAAGCAUAUGCUAAAGCCUUGGAGGAGUUAAGGAAUAAUGUGGCUAAUAGGGCUAGUACAUUGAUGGGAGAUGUUUUUGCCAUGUCGACUGCCAUGACGGUGGCUAAUCCUGAUGGUUUGGGCAACGGUUUCGCCGUCCAAAACAGUGGCUUUGCCGUCGGAGACACCGGCGGGUACGGGGAUUUCAAUCUAGGUGUUGAAGGUUUUAAUUUUGGUCAUGGUCAUGACUUGGAUUAUUAAAUAUUCUCUAUUCAUCA